UACGUCUUAUACUUUAACAAAACAAUAACAAAGCUUCUAGCUCUAUUUUUAUUGCUUUUAUUUUUAUUUCUUUCACGUAAUAAAAUUAUAUUUCUUGUACGUAGCUAGUAUCAUCCUUUCAUUUAAUUGAUUGUUUGAAUUAGCAUAAAAAUUGCCUAAACAAUUUGGCGCUGACUGUGAGGCACGUGCAAGAAAAAUUCAUUCAUGGAAGAUCAAAGCUCAGUUAUAAUGGUGGAAGUCCAAAAGCAAAUAUAGGUUGUGAAGGAGGAAAUGAAGCGGGAAAUGGCGUUAAAAAUUACUUGCAUUCAAGAGGAAAACAACCUCCUAAAAUUGCAAGUCCAGGCCACUACCUCCAUAGCUUCCUGCAGCUCUAGGUAUUCCAAGAGAAACAACGCAACAGCUGUUGUGAUGACAAAUUUGAAUCUCGUCAUUGUCAUGACAGAUUUAAAUCCUGUCACUGACAGAACAGGUCCAAUACCGACCUCCUGCUAUGCCAUCUCACUAAGCCUAGGGUUGUACUUGUUGAUGGUAUUGGUCCACCUCAUUUAAGCCUUGGUCCACCUCAUUUAAUAGCCUGAUCUCCUAUUUAAUGUUCUGGCCCAUUUGGGCUGUCUACUCGACCAAACCCAUACGCCCUAUUUGUUUUCUACCCAGCCCGUGACCCUGUGGCCCUUUGAUAUAUUUGUCUGGUUCCUUCUCGAACCUCCUAUUUCACCCGCUCCUCCUUCUCUCUAUCCGAUGUUCUCUUCAGCGUGUUGCCCUAGUUCUAGAGUGAGAGAAUGCCGGUUUCACUGUUGGGUUGAGCUCCGGCUAACCUCCGGUGAUUCCUUGGGGAUCCUUUGGUGGGCUUCACUCUGGUCUGGUAGUUUGGGGCUACUCUCCGGUGGGUUCUCUAGGGCUUUGGUCUGGGGGUUGGGCUCUAUAUUUGAGUGUAGUUGACUGUUGCCCUUCCGUCUUCCCUAUUGCAACCUUGGUGGUGAAUGAUUGAGCAAGCCUUUGGGCUAUUUGUGAUUGAGGUCUGAGCUGGUCGAGAGUUCCAACAGUAGUAACAGAGCUUGGACGCUGCCGCCUCUCGCCGACGCCGGAAACUCACCGGAGAUCUCCCGAACCGGUAACGCCUGGAGCACCAUCAGAAGUGGUAAGUCGGGUUGUCUUUGCUGGACACCCGCUCAGGUAUAACGCUAAAACCCUAACCCUUGGGCUGCCGGAGUGCCACUGGCUUCUGUGCUGCAUGGGUAGAUUUGCUCUCUCUGAGCAACAAUCUACCGAGUAGAAACCCUAGAAAACCUUGCAUGUACAGUAUCUGUUAGUACAGAUCUGUAGAUACCCUAGGUGUGGUUCGAUUGUGCAUGAGUGGUCCAAUCUAUGUCGAACUUGGCCACUGGUUAUUUGUGCACAUUGAUUGGCUUAUUAAAUUGACUCUCUGUGUGUUGUGGUCUUUAAUUUGCUACCCCUCUGUGUUAUUGCCUCAGAACCUCUCCCUGUUUGUUGUAGCUUGCCUUAUUUCUGUUGUGUUAUUUUUGUUAGUUCUCUGCUCAAGUCUGUCUUGUCCUACCCUCUUCUCUGAAUUCUGGUAAUAGUGUAGCUUUAACCCCUAGUUGGCUAAGGCACCUGAGGUUAGGGCUAAGGGAUACCCUGCAAGCCUCCUUAGAGGCCCCGGAACUGCGUGGUCUCUUAGUCCGCUGCCUGAACCUCUAGGGUUAAGCUUUUAUAUUACCUGAUAUUCAACUGUUUGGGUAUUGACUGUUAUCACGACUUCAAACCUAUAUGGUAUGAUGCCUUUUAAUUGUAAGACUGACUUCGAUAUAUGGAAACAGAAGAUAAAAUGUGUGUUAAUUGAACAGAAAGUGUAUAGAGCUGUUACUGGACAAUACUUAGAAACUGAGGAUAAACCUAAACAAGUUGAAAUGAAUGAAACAACCUCCUCAACUAUAUACUUAAACAUGUCUGACUCUGUCCUUAGAAAGGUUGGAUUCAUUGAGUCUGCUAAAGCCCUCUCGGACAAACUUGAGUCUCUAUAUACUGAGACUUUUCUUCCUGGAAAACUAUUUUUGUUGGAAAAGUUUUUUAGGUUCAGACUUGACCUAACAAAAGAUAUUGAUGAAAACCUAGAUGUUUUUAAUAAGCUAAUCCAAAACAUUAAGCAGGUUGGGAAUAAACAUAUAGAUGACUACACUGCUAUAGUUUUACUCAAUGCUAUACCUGAUUCCUAUAAUGAUGUUAAGUCAGCCAUUAAGUAUGGAAGGGAUGACAUAACCCUAGAUAUUGUUAUUAAUGGCCUGAGAAGUAAAGAACUGGACUUAAAACACUCUAGGAGUCAUCAUAGGGAAUCUGGGGAAGCUUUGUUUGUUAGAGGGAGGUCUAAAAGCAGGUCUAGGAAUCCUAAGAAGGAUAAUCAUGACAAAGGGAAUAGGCAACCUGGAAAGAAAAGGUUUAAGUCUAGGAAAAGAGUCUGUUACAACUGUGGCAACCCAGGACAUUUCAUUAAAGAUUGUACCCAACCUAAAAAGAAUGACCAGGCUAAUGUUGUGACUAAUAAAUAUGUAGAGGAUGAAGUCUUUAUGGUUUGUGACCAAGCUAAUUCUGUGCUUAGUAGUCUGACUGAAACUGAAUGGUUAAUAGACUCUGGUUGUACCUACCAUAUGACCCCUUUUAGGAAUCUAGUCUCCUCCUAUAACUUGUGUGAAACUGGUUUUGUUUCCCUAGCUGAUAGUGAAAGGUGUAAGGUCCAUGGUAUUGGUGACAUCUGUCUAAAAUUUUAAAAUGGAACUGUUUUUCAAAUCAAAAAUGUUAGGCAUGUUCCUGAUCUAAGACAUAACCUAUUUUCAGCCUCUGCUUUUGAAGAAUGUGGUCUUGAGGGUAAAUGGGGGAAUGGGUGUAUGAAAAUUUUGAAAAACUCUCUUGUUUUAUUCAAGGCUUUGAAACAAAAUAACCUUUAUGUGGUUCAUGCCAAACCUUUUUCUGAAAAUGCUAAUGUUGUACUCACUGAUAAGUCUGUGCUUUGGCACCAAAGACUUGGUCAUAUGAGUAAUAGUGGAUUGAACAUUUUACAAAAAUCUGGGUGUUUUGGAUCUGACUUGGUGUCACCUAUACCAUUCUGUGAGGGUUGUGUCUUAGGUAAACAACAUAGGGUUUAGUUUCCUACCUCUAGGUAUCCUAGUGAGCCUAAGUCCAAAGCUGUCCUUGACUACAUACAUGCUGAUGAGUGGGGUCCUUCCAGUGUCCCUACUCAUGGGGGUAGGAGGUACUUUCUAUCCAUAAUUGAUGACUUUUCUAGAAAAGUCUGGGUCUGUUUGUUAGAACAUAAAUCUGAUGUGUAUGUUAGGUUUAAAGAAUGGAAAAUUAUGGUAGAAAAUCAAAUUGGAGAGGUUAAAACCCUUAGAACUGACAAUGGAUUAGAAUUCUGCAAUAAGGAUAUGGAUAUGUUGUGUACUGAGUGUGGGAUUAGAAGACACAAAAAUGUGCCCUAUACUCCCCAACAAAAUGGCUUGGCUGAGAGAAUGAAUAGCACCCUCCUUGACAAAGUCAGAAGUAUGCUUGCUACUUCUGGCCUCCCCAAGAAGUUUUGGGGAGAAGUUGUUAAUACUGCCACCUACUUGAUCAAUAGGUCUCCUUCUGUACCCUUAGAUGGUAAAUGCCCUGAGUCUGUCUUCUCUAAGAAACCCCUUGACCUGUCAAACUUAAAGGUGUUUGGGUGUGCUGCCUAUGUACACCAACAAACUGAUAAGUUGGACCCUUGGUCUAAAAAGUGUAUUUUCUAAGGUUAGCCUGAAGGGGUAAAAGGGUAUAUGAUCUCGGAUAGGAGUCAGAUUGGUUUUAAAGUCAUAAUAAGUAGAAAUGUUAUGUUCAAUGAAUUUGAUUUUCCUUGCUUAUUGAACAAUGUGACUGACCCUGAACUGAGCUCUGAAGGCACCACUCCAAGUGAGGUGGAGCCUACUCAGACUACUACUGCCCCUCUGGUUAUGAAUUUGAAUCUUCUGAUGCUCCUGACCUGACCAACACUAUGCAUGACACCUCCUCUACCUCCAGUGAGGUGGAGUAGCCUACUGGGUCUAAUCACAAUAAUGAGAAUGUGCAUGAUGUGUUUGCUGGAGAUGAUUCUACUGAUAACAAUGAUUUUCAUGAAACUAAUACUAAGAAUCUGAAUCUUGAAAAUUAUCAGUUAGCUAGAGACAGAACUAGGAGAAACAUAAGGAAAAUUUCCGAUAGUAUGACUGAUUAUGCUUUUCAUCUGUAUGAUACUUCCUUGUUUGCUUUCUCUGUUUUUGAAACUCUUGAGUUGAAUGAACCUAAAACCUACCAAGAAGCCCUUGCCUCUAGAAAAUCUAAAAACUGGCUUAGUGCUAUGCAAAGUGAAAUAGAUUCCCUUAAAUUGAAUAAAACUUGGACCCUAGUUCCUAGGACUCCUAAUUGCUCUGUUGUUGAGUGCAAAUGGCUUUUCAAAGUUAAAGAGGAACCUAAUGACAUUAGAUUUAAGGCUAGGUUAGUGGCUAAAGGUUUCACUCAAAAAGAAGGGGUAGACUAUGCUGAAAUUUUUGCUCCAGUAGUAAAAUUUACCACAAUUAGGAUGAUGCUGGUCCUAGUUUCCCAUAAUGACUGGGAGAUGAAACAAAUGGAUGUUACCACUGCCAUUCUACAUGGUGAAUUAGAUAAACAGAUCUACAUGACCCAACAUGAGGGUUUUGAUGACCCUAAGUACACUAGACAUGUCUGUCUACUUAGGAAGGUCCUCUAUGGCCUGAAACAGUCACCCAGACAGUGUGACAUAAAAUUUGACCAAUGCAUGACUUCCCUGAGAUUCAAAAGGUUUGAUUCUGAUCACUGAUUGUAUUUUAAGAAUACUGCUUCUGUACCUGUUUUCUUGUUGAUCUAUGUUGAUGACAUGUUUAUCAUUAGCCCUUCUGUGAAUGCUAAUAAGACUGUUCGAAAGUGCAUUUGUGAAAACAUUGCUAUGAAAGAUCUUGGAGAUGCUAAGAGAAUCCUAGGGAUUAAUAUAAUUAGGCAUAGGAGUAGAUGUACCCUUACCCUGAACCAAACCUCCUAUUUAGAUAAGGUCUUGAAAAAGUUCAAUCUUGACUCUGCCCAUCCUGUAAAUGUUCCUUUAGCACCUCAUUUUGUGCUAAGUAAGGACCAGUCCCAAAGGACUGCUCCUGAGAUAGAUAGGAUGAAAUUUGUACCCUAUUCCAGUGCUAUAGGGUCAGUCAUGUAUCUCAUGGUAAGCACAACACCUGAUAUAGCUUAUGUUGUUAGUUGCUUAAGUAGAUAUAUGGCAAACCCUGGUAUGUCUCACUGGACUGCCCUUAAAUGGCUUCUUAGAUACCUUAAGGGUACACCCUCCCAUGGCCUUGUGUUUUUUAAAACUCCAACUGCCAUUUUGCUUACAGGCUAUGUUGACUUCAAUUAUGCAAAUGAUAGAGACAAUAGAAAGUCUACUACUUCCUAUAUUUUUACUAUGUGUGGUUCCUUUGGGUUAGGUGGGUCCAUGAGGUAUGCCUUCAUGGGAGAGAUGUGUGGAUGUCUGUUCCACACAAUAGGGACUCCCAACUCAUGAAGAGAUUGGUGUUAAUUAGAGAUGCCAUUGUCUCUAAAUUCCCCUCUUAGACUGACGCCAUAAUAUACCUUUAGAAAUGUACUUCCAAUGGGAAACUUUCACCUUCCAAGGUAUAUGAUCUUUUAAGAAUUAAAGGGACAACUCAUGCUUGGAUGCCAUUCAUUUGGAAGCCUUAUGUCCCUCCCAAGUUUUCAUUUAUCAUGUGGAUGGCUUUGCAAAAUAGGCUAGCAACUUCGGAUAACUUGGGAUAUCUUAACCUACCUAAUGUGUGUUUCUUUUGUAAGGGUGGUUCAGAAACUGUACCACACAUAUUUGUUGAAUGUUCUAUUACAGGUCAGGUUUGGAAAACUAUAAGGGAAUGGCUGGGAAUGACAAGGCAGAUGACAACACUAAGAAGUUCUAUAAAGUGGAUACAAAGGGAAUGCAAGGGAGCGCACAUUAGAGCCAAAGCUAUACGGAUAGCAUUCUGCUUCACCGCAUAUUGGAUAUGGAGCAUAAGAAACUUUAUACGUUUUGAUGGAGCUACACACAAUGUGACGGAUAUGAUCACCCAUAUUAAGUUUAUGGUGUAUAAAGUGUUAUACUCUUUAUAUCCGUAUCACAUGAUUACUUUUUGAAACUUUUGGCGUCACCUAGUUUUUGAUAUGGCUGUCAUAGAUAAUAGCACUUUAUCUUUUUGGUGGUGAUAGGGCAUCCUUACUUAGGAUUGCCUACAUUUUUGUAUCAUGUAUAUGAUGUACAGAA